CACAGCAAACUGGAGGAAUCGGCUACGCGACGGGACGGGGAUGACGAUGACUUCUCCUUGGUAACUGUAACAAGCGCUUCCCUUCAGGAGAGCACCGGCAGCACCCUCACCGGGUCCAUCUACACGAAUUGGGAGGAGAAAUUCGCGUGUCGCUCGUUACAGAGUCGAGGCCGCGUCUUCAGCUAUCGAAAGAGAAGGACUCACGUCAAGGAUGGAAUCUUUAACGCACCGGCUGGUGUCUGUCCGCGUAGCGUUACCUCGUCGAUCAUUCGCCGUAAUGCAGGCGACUCUCGGCUCGUGUUCGUUUGGCCGCAGAAGGCCAGCCGGGGUCGGCUCUCGAACGUCUUUGCGCCCAUGCUUCGUGGCGUUCUGAUCGGAUUAUUGUUCGUAGACGCUCUUCACUUGUGGCCUGGAGAAUUCUUACCCACAUGUCUACCAUCGACCAUGCCGAUUACCCUGCCGCCCGUCACAUGUAACGUUAUUGAGCCACGUUGGUACGAUAACAACUGACUCAUAGUUGAAAACGCCUAAUCACGCUUACGUAAACGAAUUUUUGCGAUAGCGCGGUUGCAAUUUAACAAACACUGUACAAUCUUUAAUAAAAAUCAAGUUACUUCGUCCAGAAAUCUUUUCAAGCCUGUAAAACGCGUCAAGAGUUGUUUUUACUCGUAAAAAGAAACUUGCAUUCGAGAAGAGAGUUUUGUACGGUUUCAAGUUUAACGCAGGUAAUACUUGAAAAAUGUACCCGACGUCACACCAUGGAAUUGCAAUUAUACUGAACGUAAAGUGUAACCUUCGG